AUGUCAACUACAAUUUGGACAAAGAUCUUUUUCUUAUAUGGAUUAUUGGUAAAUGCAAUUUGUCAGAUGGAUGUGAAGCAGUGUGAGGAAUACAAGGGGAAGAUUUGUGAUCAACUUGAUUAUGAUGACAACAACAAAACUAUUCUUGUUCAUGUUGGCAAACGUUAUAACCAAAACCAACUGGAGAGUCAUCUACAGAAGAUAAUGGUGAAGCUUGAUAAUCAUCCGUAUGUGUCGUGUAUCCCUUUCAUCAAACAGGUUUUAUGUCGCCGUUUUUUUCCUGUUUGUCGUCAAAAACAAGGAAAAGCGUACCUCGUCCAGCAAACAUGUAGAAAGGAUUGUGAACGAGCCAAAAAUUCAGUUUGUUAUUCUGCAGUAAAAGUAAUUCCCGAAUUAUCAAAGAGACUUUUGGAAGCCAGUUGCAUGACAUUGCCUUUUGAAGGUUGUCUUAUUUUGAACAUUCCGAGUAUGCAGACAACGACGGAACAAACAUGUCAAUUAACAAACUACAAAGUUGGAUCUAAAUCUCUUAAAGUAAGCAUACUCCGCAAUUUCAUUCCGUUAUCCUCUUCUCCAGUGGUUCUGUUUAAGGACAAAUUUAUAGCUGGUGGUCCAAAUUGUCAAGAAACAAAAUGCGUUCACACACAAACCUUCUUGUCACACCUUGUCAAGAAUUUAGAUGUAAAGAACGUCAAACAGUUACAAAACCUUGUCAUUGAACAACAAAAAGGAAGAUUCAUAAACGGCUAUUGCUACAAAAACUGUUCUACUAAAGCAGGAUAUAUACAGCUGUUGAAAACAAGAAUUGGAAAAAUUAAAACGUAUGCAGUUGAUAAACAUUUAACUUUGCGUAACGUUGAUGUAUACAUUGAAAGGAAUUUGGAUGGUAUGUUUAUUACGGGGAAAGGUGUUUAUGAUCUUUGUGGAACAACAUUCCGUUAUAAAUUGUGGCCUGAAAGUGAAGAAGUUACCGUUAUGCAUUCAAUAUCCAGACAAUCAAUAAAUAUGUUAAAUAUUGAACUUUCACAUCGACUGAAGCCAUUUCCUCGAGAAAUUGAAUCAAUUUUAACUUACAAGAUUAAAGUUAUUGAGACAUUAAACAUCUCUAAUCCAACAUGGAGUAUAGUAUGGUACAAUAAAAACAGGUUGUCUGCUUUUAGAGGAAUUUCAACAAUAUCGUUUGAGAGAGAAAAAAUCAAGAAUGUGAAAACUGAAUUGAUGAUUGGUGCAGACUUAAGCUUUUGGGUUGUAAAGCUGACAUUGCAGUUGAAUCUCGAACAAAUACUGCGUUCAAUUUUUCCCGUGUCUAUCGAAAUGUUACCCUUUAUCAAUAAAAGAUGGUACACUGAGCUUUCUAUCAAACAGGUUGAGUACAUCUUUUCUACGGAUAGUGUUAACAUCCCAACAACAGAAUAUCUCAAACAACACUACUCCCUUUAUGAAGAUUUUCAAAAUGGCAAAAUACAUCGAGGCAUGAACAUUAGGCUUCAAGGUAAAACACAAAGACCUAACAAUGGAACGAUCGAAUUGCCGUUGCUGAAAAAUAAGACGUUAUUUCAGGUUACAAUUGACGUUAAAAAGAAUGGACGGAUAAAUUUUGAAUUGCAAUUUAAGGAAGAUGUAGCUGCUUCGUGCUUAAAUAAUAAGAAAAAUCGUCGGCAUUGGAAGAAUUUUAUUAGGAGAUUAAAAACAAUGCAAACAAGAUCAAAUCAUACGGAAAAUGCUGUCAUCAAAACGAAAACAGAAUGUGGACAUUGUUGUGGUUCAAAUGCUUUUACCUUACUUUCUAUUAAAGGUGACUCAUAUCAAGAACAUAGAUUCGUGCUGACGCAUGAAAUAAAUUAUUUUGUAGAUUUUGAAGUUAGAAUAUUAGUGAAAAACAUAAUUCAUAAAUAUGUUACAAAAAGGUACAAAGUGUACAGUAUAUGAGAACAUUUUUGAGACGAUAAAUUUUUGAGACGAUAAUUUGAACCGGUAAAUUUUAUUUUCUAAGAGGA